UAACCCGGAACGACAGGCAGCCCGGACCUAAGGGCAGAGCCUUCCGGCCUCGCACUUCCGCUUCCUGUUUCUAGCUGUGUAUUUCAGCCCUGGUCUUAACUCUCGACGUAGGAGGUUGUGGCCUUAGCAGUUUCGAGGAGAUUCGAGCUCCAGUCAGAAUGAUCGAGGUUGUUUGCAACGACCGUCUGGGAAAGAAAGUCCGCGUGAAGUGCAACACCGAUGACACCAUUGGGGACCUUAAGAAACUGAUCGCGGCUCAAACUGGCACCCGUUGGAACAAGAUUGUCCUUAAGAAGUGGUACACGAUUUUUAAGGACCACGUGUCACUGGGAGACUAUGAAAUUCAUGAUGGAAUGAACCUGGAGCUUUAUUACCAAUAGAGCAGAAUUCUUUCUCCUGCCCUGCUUCCCACCCCCAGUCACACUGGUAUGGAUGCUUUUAACAGUCCACAUGAAUAAAAACUUAGAUGCUGUUUUGUUGAUGUCA